UCCUGCGGCUACCGCCCCCAGGCCCGCCCCCUCCUUUAAAGUUCCCAGGCGCUCCCCGCCCGGUUCAGCCAGCUGGAUCCCGGCUCUAGGCAGUUCCCGGCGAGCUGGAGGCGGGGCCCGCGGCGGGGCCGGACGUUCCAGGGCGGAGCCCAGGCCGCACGACCCCGCCUCCUGGAUGGGCGGGACGGGCCGCGCCGCGUGCCUGCGUGCAGCUUGCGCAGGCGUUAAGGGUGCCACGACCUCGCUAUGGCCCCGGCACGAUUUCGGGGGAAGGCGAGCGUGUUCGCCUCACCUGCAUUGCGUGGCGGCGGGGACGGGGCGGCUUUGUGUGGAGACCGGUAAGGGGCAUUAGGGAAGUGUUUGGAGCAAGGGUAACCGAGAAACCUUGUGACUCGCUGAGUGGCCCGAGGCGGUCGGCUGCCCCUCUGCCCAACGAGGACUCUUCCACUCAGACGUUACCACCGAGCACCUGCCGUACGUGUUGCAACCCUCAUACCACCUCUCCAGAAAUAACCAUAACCUUUCUGCCUACUGAGGCCGUUUACUGAGGGCCCACUGAAGCGCUCUGCAUAGCUUCAGUUCUUACAACAGUUCUGCAAGGCUCUUUUCAAGAAUCCGCCCUGCUGUACUCAUUCCAGCCUACAUGCUGUCCUCUGACCCCACCCUGCGUCCAGACUGCAUGCUGGGGGAGGCAGGGAUCGAAGCUGACCUGUUUGCUCUUGUCCCCUCUCAACUCCUAGGACAAAGCUUGACACAUGGUAGGCUCUCAAUAUUUAUUGGAUGCAUGCAUGAAUGAAUUAACCUACACUGUUCCAAAAGGUGAGGAUCACAAGCUACUGCGUGGAGGAGGUGGAGUUUCUGGACCAGCAGAGCUGAGGGUACCCAAACUUGUACUGAGGCAACUCUACUGAGGUCAGCCCCAUGGCUAUUCCACAUGGUUCAAAUGAAACUUCCUAUUUGCUACCUCCAAACAGUGAGGACUGGGGAGGGCACGGCAUUCCUGACUUUGUCUAUGGGCAGAAGGAACUCGUGCCAGAAGGGAUUCAGUGGCCAAGGAGCGGACCCAGCCUUCUGGACACACUGCCACUGUCUCGCUUUGACUCUGCCCUCUGCUUGGCCUGGAGGCAGCGGAUGGAGCUGGGGCUGUUCCGCUACUGUCUGGGGGAGCUGCAGACCCAAACCCUUCCUGGUGCCGUGGGUUUUGUUGCUCAGCUGAAUGUGGAGCGAGGUGUGCAAAGAAGGAGCCCCCAGAACAUCAGGAGCGUGAGGCAGGCGUUUGACCCUGAACAGUUUAACUUCAACCAGAUCCGGCCAGGAGAAGUCCUCUUCCGCUUGCACCGGGAGGCCGAUCUCCCCAGUGCUCUCCAGCAAGACGACAUCCUCGUGGUGAUCAAUGUCAGCCCCUUGGAGUGGGGCCACGUGCUGCUGGUGCCCGAGCCCACCCGAGGGCUCCCCCAGCGCCUGCUGCCAGGGGCACUGCAGGCCGGGGUUGAAGCUGUGCUGCUGAGCUCACACCCAGGCUUCCGAGUCGGCUUCAACAGCCUGGGUGGCCUGGCCUCAGUGAACCACCUCCACCUGCAUGGCUAUUACUUGGCCCACAGACUGCCCGUGGAGGGGGCCCCAAGCAAACCCCUGGAUCCUGGGGGCCGUCUGCAUCUGCUCCAGGACCUCCCAGCUCCUGGCUUCCUCUUUCACACAAGCGGGCCAGGGCCCGACUUGGAAGCCUUGAUAAGCAGGGUAUGUCGGGCCACUGACUAUCUGGCUGACCACGAGAUUGCACAUAACUUGUUUGUGACCCGGGGGGCUCCACCUGGAAAGACAUCAUCUUCCUCAGCCCUCACGGGGGUCCGAGUAAUUCUUUGGGCCCGGAAGUCCAGCUUUGGGAUAAAGGAAGGCGAGGCCUUCAAUGUUGCCCUCUGUGAGCUGGCCGGGCACCUCCCUGUCAAAACGUCCCAGGACUUCAGCAGCCUGACAGAGGCGGCGGCUCUGGCCGUCAUCCGAGACUGUCUGCUGCCCCCAGCCCAGGCGGGAGAGGUGCAGGCAGCACUGGUGGCCUUGAUAGCCAAGGAGGAGCAGUAAUCCUUCCAGAAGUAUUUAUUUUGUAACCGAUCUAAGUCUCUUUCCGGAAAGCUGUUCAUCAUGAUCAUGUGGGCACUUUCAUGAAUGCCUUCUCACCUGUCGCAGCCUAAGGGGAGGGAUAAAGAAUUGGUAAGUGGUCUCUUUAAGGAGGAGGAUACCUUGGAAUAAAUCGAAUGAAUGAGCCCUCA